GUCCUCUGCACACACCCCCUCCCUCCUCGCCAUCCUCCCACCUCCGCUCUCCCAGUCUCCGGCCGCGUUCCAGCACCAGCGCUGAAGCCGCUAGCUAGCCGUUGCUCGGCUCCCCCGACACCACCAAGGCUUUCCCUUCGAUCGAUCGACCAGCAACUAGCCGGAUGACGAAGCAGGGCGUGGUGGUGCCGGCGCCCGCGGAGGCGGCCGUCGCGGUGCCGCCCAGCUCGGCGCCGCUCCUCCCGUACCCGCCGCCGCGGGCCGCCAUGCGCAAGAAGUGCCUGCAGAUGGGACCUGGCGUCGGCGGCUGGGUCGAGUCCAUGCGCGCCUCCUCGCCCACGCACGCCAGGGCCGCCGCCGCGCUCGCCGCCGGCGCCGACGAGGACCGCCGCGCCGCCUGGAUGGUGGAGCACCCGUCGGCGCUGAGCAAGUUCGACCAGGUGGUGGCGGCGUCCAAGGGCAAGCAGAUCGUCGUCUUCCUCGACUACGACGGCACGCUCUCGCCCAUCGUCGACGACCCCGACGCCGCCUACAUGUCCGACACGAUGCGGCGGGCGGUGCGCAGCGUCGCCAAGCACUUCCCCACGGCGAUCGUCAGCGGCCGGUGCCGCGACAAGGUGUUCGAGUUCGUGAAGCUGGCGGAGCUCUACUACGCCGGCAGCCACGGCAUGGACAUCAAGGGCCCCGCCAAAGGUUCCCGGCACACCAGGGCCGCCAAGGGCGUCCUCUUCCAGCCGGCCAGCCAGUUCCUGCCCAUGAUCGAGCAGGUGCACGAGUCUCUGGUGGAGAAGACCAGGAGCAUCCCUGGAGCCAAGGUGGAGAACAACAAGUUCUGCGUCUCUGUCCACUUCAGAUGCGUCGAUGAGAAGAGCUGGAGCGCGUUGGCGGAGACGGUGAAGUCGGUGCUCAAGGAGUACCCGAAGCUGAAGCUGACGCAGGGGCGGAUGGUGUUCGAGGUGCGGCCCAUCAUCAAGUGGGACAAGGGCAAGGCCCUCGAGUUCCUGCUCGAGUCGCUGGGCUUCGCCGACUGCGCCGACGUGCUCCCCGUCUACAUCGGCGACGACCGCACCGACGAGGACGCCUUCAAGGUGCUCCGCCGCCGCGGCCAGGGCGUCGGCAUCCUCGUCUCCAAGCACCCCAAGGACACCUCCGCGUCCUACUCGCUGCAGGAGCCCGCCGAGGUGAUGGAGUUCCUGCUGCGGCUCGUCGAGUGGGAGCGCCUCUCCAAGGCCCGCCCCAAGUGGUGACCGGCCGGCCGCCGCCGCCGCUGCCGCCGGUCGCGAGGAGAUCGAUUACCAGACGGAUUAGCAGUAUAUAUAUUAUAUGUAUCAUAUAUAUUAUCUUUACAUCUUCGAUCAUCAGGGGGGGUUAAAUUAGAAGGGAGCGCGUAUCCUGGCGUGUCAGCGGCGCGCCGCUCAGCUCCCCGCGUGUGGUGUCGUACGUUAACCCUGCCGAGCUCACCGCGCCAUGUGCGUCCGCGACGGGGGGCCCUCCCCCUUCUUUUUACGGGGGAGGGCGCGCCCUGGGGUUGCCGGGGGGUAGAAGAAGGCCUCGGAAGCUUGAGCUUUCCGGAGCCCCCUGGCUUGCUAGAGACGAUGCCAUCUGGCUGCUGCGCAGCAAGGCAAAAAAAAAAAGAACAAAAAAAAACAAGAAGAAGAAGAACGUGUUGCUGCUUUAGUUUGUGUAAUUAGUGCUGCUAUUAUUACUGUGGCCGCCUGAAUUCUGAUUGUGUAAAAGAUGUAUGAAAUGGAGAUCCAGCUACGGGAAUAUAUAUAUACUAGAAACAAAUCUCAA